CUUAAUUUUCUUCACUCUACUUGACGAUUUCACUUAUUUACUUUCAAUUCAUCAAUCCAAAUGCCUUCGAUUCGAGUUCGCCGUUGCCGGAUUGCUCUACCGGUGGCGGUAGCGGUGGCGUUGCUGGUUUUUAUGGCGAGUUUUUGCUGGAGCGAGAACGUGGUGCACGUUCCGUCGACGGAGGAGGCUCGAGAUUACCAAGAAAUGAAGGUUGAGACGGCGGCGAAAGAUGAAAAGGAAAAGGAUCAGUCGGCGGAGACUUGGACGGAAUGGGCGAAAGAGAAGAUUUCCGGCGGACUUGGACUGAAAAAUGAACGGCCAGAAGAUGGCGUAAAGAAAGUUACUGAUUUCACUUCCGGUGCGGCUGAGAAGGCCAAGGACAAAAUGGGGAAUGCCGCCUCAGAAGCGGGGCAUUGCGGUGGUGAGAAGGGCAGAGAAGUGAAGGACACGGCGGCGGAGAAGGCCGGGAAUGCUAAGGACAAGGCGGCAGAAAUGGCGACCACGGCGGCCGGGAAGACAAGCGAAGGAGCAGAGAAGGCGAAAGAAUACGCAUCCAAUGCAGCAAAAGCAGCGAAGGAAAAAACCGCCUCGCUGAAGAACAGAGGCGAGGAAGUCGCCGGUGAGGCGGCGGAGAAAACGAGAGAAGCGGAGGAGGCAGCGAAGAAGAAAACAGAGGAAACAACGGAGGCGGCGAAGGAGAAAGCGAAAGAGAAGGGGAAGGAGACGAAGGAGAGCGCGGAGGCGGCGACGAGAAGAGCAGAGGAGGCGAAGGAGAAGGUGAAGAGCUGGGCGAAGGACGGGUACGAGGCGGCAAAGGAGAAGAUAGGGGAGCAAUACGAGGCGGCGAAGGAGAAGAUGGAAGAGCAAUACGAGGCGGCGAAGAAGAAGUCGCAGAGGAUCAAAGACGACGUGGUUUGGUCGGAGGCGGAGGUCGGGGCGGACGACGAGCUGUGAAUAACUCCGGCACGGGGGCGGGAGUGUGUGUUCAUAUUAUAUAACGUAGAGAAGAGAGUUUCGUUUUAAGAUUUCAAUAAAUAGUUUUUAAUGGUUUAUAAUUA